AUGGCCGCCACUGUUUCAAGCGCUUUUACGCCGUCAACUCGACACCAUUUAACCUCCGUCACUCGUUUUCGCUCUCUCUACUUAUCUAAUUCUAUUUCUUUACCGAAUUUUAAAUCAAAUUCUGUUAAACCACUAAUUUCUUCAAAAAACCCUAAUUUUCGCUUAUUGUUAGUAUCUGCUGCUUCUAUGAGCGCCGAAGCACCCGAGAAAAUCUCCACUGCUUCUUUUCUUGAUCGCAGAGAAAGUGGUAUUCAUCACUUUGUCAAGUACCAAGGCCUUGGCAAUGACUUCAUUUUGGUUGACAAUAGGGAUUCAACUGAACCUAGGAUUACUCCAGAACAAGCAGUGAGGCUAUGUGAUAGGAACUUUGGAAUUGGUGCUGAUGGAGUGAUUUUUGCGAUGCCGGGGACAAAUGGAACUGAUUACAGCAUGAGGAUUUUUAAUUCGGAUGGUAGUGAGCCUGAGAUGUGUGGUAAUGGGGUUCGGUGCUUUGCUAGGUUUAUUGCUGAGCUGGAAAAUUUACAAGGGAAACAGAGUUUUACUAUACAUACUGGUGCUGGUUUAAUUGUUCCUGAAAUUCAGGAGGAUGGAAAGGUGAAGGUUGAUAUGGGUGAGCCUAUACUUAAAGCAUCUGAUGUGCCGACAAGAUUGCGUGAGAAUAAAGGUGAUGCUGUUGUUAAAGCAAAAUUGAAUAUAGAUGGAGUAACUUGGAAUGUUACUUGUGUUAGUAUGGGAAAUCCUCAUUGUGUAACUUUUGGAAGCAAUGAAAACCAGGACUUGCAGGUUGAUAAAUUAAAUUUGGCUGAAAUUGGCCCUAAGUUUGAACAUCAUGAUGUGUUCCCAGCACGAACAAACACAGAGUUUGUGCAAGUUCACUCUCAUUCACACCUCAAAAUGCGUGUGUGGGAGCGUGGGGCAGGAGCAACAUUGGCCUGUGGAACUGGGGCCUGUGCAACAGUAGUUGCUGCUGUUCUUGAGGGUCGUGCUGGCAGGAACUGCACAGUUGAUCUACCCGGAGGACCAUUAGAGAUUGAAUGGAAGGAGGAAGAUAACCAUGUAUAUAUGACAGGCCCAGCUGAAGCAGUGUUUUAUGGGGCGGUGGCCCUCUGAUGUGUCAGUUGAUGGAGAUUCAUGUAUCCAACUAAAAUGUUUCAGGAUUGACUAUCUUUGCAGUCUGGUUGAGUUGAGGGGGUUUUGUAUGUACUCUCUAUGCCAAGGUUUUGCAUUGCCAGCAAUACUGUUUUUUACUUUAUAUGUCUCACACACUUCUGUAACCACACAGAGUCUCAAGUUUGUAGUGAUCUAAGGAUCCUGCUUCAUGUGAUUGAUUGCAAGAAAUGGAAGGAAUUAGCCUGAAAGGUCCAAAGGCCAAUGACACUGGCAAAUAUUGGACAUCGAGUCCCUUUAAUACUA